UCUUUGAAUAUGAUUUUAAUAUGAAUUUUGUGUAGAGUAUGUUCCACAUUAAGAUUUUUUUAAUGUUGUUUUGCAGGUAUCAAGAGUUGGUUAUGUGUUGCUCAAAAUGAGGUAUGCAGCAACACUGCAAAGGAGGAUCAUUGUUCCCUGUUUCACGGAAAGGCAUAUUGAAACCGAUCACAUUCAGCUAGUGUAGCUAAUGUAAGAGAGUAUUUGAGGCUCUCUUAUUUUUUUUUUUUUUUUAAGUUGACAAGAUGUUCAGUGGGAGCUCUUCUUACCUGAAACAGAUGUGUAAGCUGUAUGUAUGUAUUUACGUGAUUUGAUCUGAUAAGAAUGCAGUUGAAUAUUUCUAGAGUUGAUUUAGUAUCAUGAAAUUUCUCAGUUUGCAAGGAUGGUAUACAUUUUUUUAAUUUUCAAGAUUUACACAAAUAUUUUACAUGUAGUAAAUAAGAAUGUGAAAAUAUGAGCAAUUUCCAAUAACCAUUAUUUGUUAGGGUAAAUAAGUACGUAUAUCCUUAAUCAUUUGCAACAUGGAUUUACUAAAGAAAACAGUUGAAGAUGUUCAUAAAAGAGUUAAUGUAGGACAAGAGUAUCCUGUAAUUAUGUACAAGAAACAAAAAGCAAAUGCAAUUGAAGAACUUCCUUCAAGUCUAAAAGAAAGUAAAGUAUUUGCAGAAGAGAGGGGAGGUUAUGCUUCAAAACAAGAGGCUUCAGAAUCAGUCCCUUCAGAAAAUGGGGAAAGUGAUCAAGUGCUGCUUCCUCAUGAUGAUGAUAAAGGACUUGCAAAUCAUGAUGGAAGUAGUGACAUUAAUAGUACAAAGAGAAGUGAUUCUGCUAAAAGUGACACAAGUGAUCUCUCUGCUGAUGAGGUCACGCAAGAUGUUACUAGCAGUGAUGUAGUGCUUAAGUGUAUGUCUUGUGAGAUGGAGUUUCAUACCAAAAAAUCAUACCUAGCCCACAAACGAACGUGCAGUUUGGAAGGGGAACUGUUUUGCAGUCAAUGUGGUAAAGGUUUUAAAAACUUGAGGGAAAAGAGGGAUCAUAGGAAAACAGUUCACAAGGUUAAUAGAAAACAUUUGUGUGAAAUCUGUGGAAAAGUUUUUUCUGCUCCAAAUGUUUUGAGGAGACACAAAAUAUCUCAUACUAAAUUAAAACAAUAUUAUUGUGAUGAUUGUGGUAAGGGUUUUGCGUGUCAGUCGAAUUUAAGGUCACAUGCUGUAACACACAGUGAAGAGAAGCCAUUUCAGUGUGAAGAAUGUGGUCAUAGAUUCCGUCGUAUCAGUACUUUGCGUUUCCAUAAGAGAACCCACACAAAUGAGAGACCUUACGAAUGUGAUGCAUGUGGAAAAACUUUCACCCAACCCAGUAGCUUAAAAACACAUCAGAAAUUGCAUUCAGGAGAUAGACCAUAUGAUUGUAAUGUAUGCCAGGAGAAGUUUGUUUUGAAGGCAGCCUUGCAAUCACAUAUGCGGACACAUACCAAGGAAAGACCUUUUAAUUGUGAGCUCUGUAGUAAAAGCUUUACCCAGUCCACUACUCUCAAAAAUCACUUAAAGACACAUGGAAAUGAUAAAAUUUCAGGUGCUGUUUAUGAUAGCGAAGAUUCAGCAAAUGAUCAGUCAUCUUCUAAAGAGAAAAGUAAAAAGCACCGUUGUGAACUUUGUGGACAAUAUUUUGCUCUAAAAAAUACCUUGAAAAUACAUAUGAUGAGACAUACAGGAGAAAGACCACACAAAUGUGAUGUCUGCCCCAAGAGUUUCACUCAGUCAAGUACCUUAAAAAUUCACAUGAGAACACACACUGGUGAUAAACCUUAUGCUUGUAGUAUGUGUGAUGCUCGUUUUGCGUAUAAUUAUGUCCUUCAGAAGCACAUUCUAAAACACAAAGAAGCUGGAGAAAUGGGUGAAGAAGAGCAUUCAGAACAGGAAGAGUAUGAGGUAUAUUCAGAACAGGAAGACUCUGAGGAUAAUGCCAAAUUAAGGACAGGUGAUAAAAAUAUAGUAAAACAUCAUGAUAGUGCAGUUAAACAUGAAGAAUUAAGCAGAAAUGUUAACAGUGACAAUGGUGAAACAAAUAUCACGUUUAAUGGUGGUGAAGAUAAAAAAAAAAAUGUUAAAGUAACACCCAUGGACUUCUUGGCUGUGUUCCAGUCUUCCUUCAAAGCAUCCCCUAACUGAUUACUAGUAUUAAGUCCAUCAUUUCUGUGAAUGGUUGAUUGUUAUUGUAAGUACUACUGUAUUAGGUUAUCAUACCAGCCCAGUUCCCAAGGAAAUGAAUAGCUUUUUAACAAAAAUGUUUAGUCGGCAAAGUCUUUGUUUCGUAUGUGCUAAUAUAAUUUUGAAACUCAGGUAUCGAGAAGGGAGUAACGAAUCUUGUUACCAUAGAUGGUGUAGAUCUUUAGCUGCUUUGUAAAGUUUAUGUUUUGGAUUUGAUCAGUUUUGUCUAUAAAUCACUUUAAAAGUUUGUGAAAAAACAUUUAUCUUCUUGGGAACCCCGUUUUCCUCUUGUAUUUGUAGUAUUUUACUCAUUUGUACAGUUAAUCCUGAUGUGUCCAUACAACAAACAAACCUGCUAUUUAGGUUUUAUUGUACAUCCAGUAAGGAUGUAGGAUAGCCUAUAAGAGCUGAAUUCAGAUGAGUCUAAGCUUGGGUGAGACCUCUGCCAGAGAGUGGUCACCCGUGUCACUUGGUAUUUUGUUUGUUUUGCAUCCACCACAUUACUCAAUUUCCCAGUUUUUCUCUCAUAUUUCUUCCUUAAUUUCAUAUUAUUCUUCCCGUUAAAGUUUAGAUAGUUGUCAGUUAUUUCUUAAUUAUAUUGUAGUGUAUUUUCAGUUAUUCAACUACCAAGGCUUUUGAUGCAUUUAUGCUAAUUAAUUUUUCAUGUGCUAUUAGGGUUGGAUUCAUCUUGUUUGCUUGUAGCAUGUAAAAUAUAGUAUACAUAUUAUAUUUUUAUUCUCAAAGUUUGUGCUGCUCUUGCAUUCAUUAUGAAUGCUGUCUUUCACAUUUUAUGAAGACAACAUAUGAGAAAGUAUUUUUGUAUAUUGUCCUUUAUUUAUUGUGUACUUAACUAUGUUUUAGUUUUGAGCAAAAAAUUGAAGGGGAACAUACCAUCGUACUUUACUAUGCGUUGAAGUAUGUGUUUCGGAGAUAAUAUGGUGGAAGCUAGGUGUAUUAUGAUGAUUAUUUUUGUGUAAAAGUAGUAAUUAUUUACUCGAGUAGUUACUGUUGGUUUUUUCAAAAUUAAAAUUUUUAACAGAUACAUUGUCAGUAAAGAAAAUACAUUAGUAGUGGAUGAGCUGGCAAGUAAGGAGUGCUAUCAUUAUCAAUAUCCACCAUUGAUCUGUUUUCAAACUCACCUAUGCUAAUAAAGCAGUCUUCACCGUUUAAUGGUGUUAUAAUAUGGUAAGAAAUUGCACGAGUAUUUUGUUUAUAGUACAAUAAAUACUUCAUGGACAUUGAGUGAAGUUUUGGAUAGUCAUCAGCAGUUUAGUUUUAUAGGUCUUCAAUUUAAUAAAGUGAGGUGAAGAGCUACAAAAAAUAAUCUUCCCCUUCAGCAGUAAUUCAGCAGCAUUAUAAUAACAUUCAUUUAUUGCAUAAGCUCUGAAAAUUUGAAAUGAAUUUUUUGUUCCAUAUAUGCAAACCCUUCCAGUGGGUUCAUAGGACACUUGUAAGCUUUCCACUUUAAGCAUUCUGAAGGAGAUGUGUUCAAACUUAGGUGAGGUAGGGAACUAUUCUUACAGUUUAGGUCUCGCCACAAUGUCAACUCGUUUACUUUUCUGUUUGUUGGAAUUCAGAAAUAACUAAUUCUGCUUUUAUUAGUUGUUGCUCAGGUAAUAAAAAAGUUGGCAUCUUAGAACCGAAAUAAAUUAAGAGUUUUGUAUGUUCACAAAGGGUAUUUUAUUGUGUGCCAUUUACACUGUUAAGAUUUGUAAAUAACUAGAUGAAAUUUCUCUGUGGUCCUUGUUCCUCAAAAUCAAAGCUACUAAUGUUAGUUUAGUUUAAUAUGUAGAGUGGGUAUUAAGUAAAUGUAAUCAUACAGAAUAUGAAGCUGUUAGCUGACCGAUGCUGUAAAUCCAAAGUCUGGAGGCCAGGAUCAAACUGCCUUGUGUAAACUUCAAGUUCCUUACUCUAUAUUUAAGGAUUUUUACCUAUUAUGUAUAACCUAUGCAUGUUUUUUCAUAUAGAUUAUAUAUUAUAAAUUAUAAA